AUGGAAACAAAAGGCCGUAAACCGUUCUUCCUCAAUUUCAAGAAAGUGCCAACACAAUUGAAGAUUUUCUGCGACAACGUCUCUGGCUCUCUCAAAUUCAGUGAUUCUCUCAAUACACUCAUAAGUUUGUUAGUACCAUCCUUGGAAGAAUUCUCCUACUUGCUUGGACUCCCUGUGCUUAAUAAAAUUCCUUAUACUGGUAAAGAAGAAGAGCCUAAGUUGGAAGUCAUUGCUGCUGCCCUGCACUUGCCAAGAUCAGAAAUUGAGAAGGUUUGGAUUAGUAAGAAAGAGUAUUCUGGAUUACCCCUUGAUUUCCUCUACGAAAAAGCGGAGAUUCUUGCUAAAGCUUCAAGUAUGGAUGCCUUAGAAGCUGUGUUGUCUCUCUUAAUUUAUGGACAAGUUUUGUUUUUCCAUUAUGACAAAAUUGUUGAUGUGGCUGCUAUCAAUAUAUUCCUUAGCAAGAAUCCGCUUUCUUUCGACGACAUCCUAUGGUACCAAAAGAAGUUUGAGGGAACCUUGUUAUUUGAUAGUUGUGGAGAUUUACCUAAUAUACCUCUUCUUAGUGUUCGUGGAGGAAUAACUUAUAAUCCCAUUCUAGCUCGACAUCAGUUUGGCUUUGCCUUGAAGGAUAAACCGCGUUCUUUGUAUCUUAGUGCAGAAUAUUUCCAUUAUGAUUCCGACAAAGAGAAGAAGAGAGACCUUUUCAUCAAAGCUUGGAAGAAAGUAAAGAAAGUUGGCGCAAAGGAUAUAGGAAGGAGAAAUUAUAUGCCAUGGGAUCCAUAUUUCCAAUGGGUUUAUGAUCGAGUUAUGGAAUUUGGGAUGCCUUAUCCAUCUGAUACGCCCAUAGUUUCAAGGGUAGCUCCUCCUGCUGCCCCAAUUGCAUUUGAGCCAUAUAUUCCUGCUCCAAAUGAAGACCUGGUUGCAACUGUUAACCGACUGAAAAGGGAAAGGGAAGACUUUGAGAGACGCUUACUGAAAGUGGAAGCUGAAAAAGAGGUGUUAAUACAAGAUGCCAAAGAGAGAGAGACUUUACUUGAUUACUUUUCCCGCAAAUGGAAGAUUGAAGAUUUUGUUUCUCCAGAUCAGAUUAAUUCAUGGGAAAACGAAAUUUCUAGGCUCGUUCAAGAAAGAGAGGAAAUGAUCAAGGCACACAAGGAAGAAGUCCGAGUCCUAAAGAGGAGGCGUCGUCAGGAAGACAAAAAUCCUGGAAUUUAG